UGCAAAUAUUUAGCAGGACACUCGUUUCAGCUGUGUUAUCGUAACUAUCAGCUGUGAAUCUGUGACAAAUCUUUGAGGAAGCUCCAGGGCUUGAUUAAAGCUUCACAACGGAAAUUUUUUUGUGCAAAGUUCUUUGCUUUAGGAUCUGAGCCGAAGUGUUUUGAGAGAAGACAUGUUAGACUCCCUCGUUGCAUCGAUCUUGAAUGGAGUUCUCGGAAAAUACAUCAAAGAUUUAGACAGCUCGAAUCUCGAACUCGGAAUUUUUAGUGGAAAUGUUGUCCUGACAGAUCUUGAACUGCGAGAUGAUGCAUUGGAUGAUUUUCAUCUUCCCAUAGAAGUGACACAUGGCUAUGUUGGGGAAAUCUCUCUGACAAUUCCAUGGACUAAUCUGUAUACUGAGCCCUUGGACAUAGCGGUGCAUGAUGUAUAUCUGAUAGCAGGACCCAUUCGAGAGAGAGAAUAUGACCCUGUGAGAGCUAAUGCAUCAGAACUUGCAGCUAAAAGAAAACGCCUCUCCCAGAUUGAACAGCAGACUCAGGCCACAGACAUCAGUGAAGAGAAGCCAAAAAAUCCUGAAGAGGGCUCUGACUCCUUUGUGGACAAACUGAUAGCUCAAGUUUUGAAGAACCUUAAGAUUUCUGUGAAGAAUGUUCAUUUUCGCUAUGAGGAUAAGGUUACUUCUCCAAAUAAACCAUUCACUGUGGGCUUUACUCUGCAAAAUCUCUCAGCUGAGACAACCAAUGAAUUAUGGCAGGAGUGUGUAGUGGAUGCGUCAGCCAAAACUAUUUACAAGAUAGUGAGUCUCGAUUGCCUGGCUAUGUACUGGAACACAAAUCAGACGCCAACGCAGUUCUUUUCAAUGCAACAUUCUUGGAAGGACCUUAUGAGCUGUGAGGUCUCAAGCAAAACAAGCCUUCCAUCCAAUUAUGAAUUCAUUUUAAAGCCUUUGUCUGCUGAAUGUCAUGUUGUGAUGGACCAGUCAUCAGAAAUAGUACUUGACACACCUAAGCUUCUGAUUGAGGUGUUACAGCAGGAGUUAUCUCUAGUAUUUACCCAGACCCAGUUUCACAACGUGAUGGAUUUGAUUGAAUCAUUUGAGUCAAUGACCAUAAACCAACGUUACUUAAGAUAUCAACCAACAUUACCAGUGAGGAGAGAUCCAGCUGCAUGGUGGAAAUAUGCAUACACUGCUAUUUGUGAGGAGAAAAUUAGAUGCUGGUCAUGGGAUCGCAUAAAGGAGCACAGGAGAAAGUAUCAUUUGUAUAAGCACCUUUGGGAGAGAAAGUUAAAAGGAUUAAGUGAGGAUGAACAGUCUUCCGUUAGAAAUAGCAUUCAGUCGUUGGAAGAUCAACUUGAUAUUCCAAGUAUUUUGAUUGCAAGGAGACAUGCAGAAAUAGAAGUUCCUCCAAGUCAAAGGUUUAAUCCAAGCAAAAAAAAGAAGUCAAAUCCCUGGUGGUUGUGGUUGGGUAUUGGGUCUGGAAGCUCCACUGACUAUGAGGGAGUCAUGAAUCGAGAGGAACAAGAGGAGGACAUUUGGUCAAAAUUCUCAGUUGCAGCUCUUUCUGUUGAGGAAAAGGAAAAGUUGUACAAAGCAAUUGAUUACAAUGAAAGUGUGCGGCUGAAAUAUCCUACAGAGUUCAUUAAGUCAAGGAUUACCUUCAACCUGGACAGAUGUACUUUUGAACUCUUGGACGCUACAAAUUGUAAAAUAGCUCAGUUGGAUACUGAAGGAUUUGAUGCAACUUUAGAACACAGGCCGGCUCAGGGAGCCUUUCGGUUUCAUGGUAAGGUUAACAAAUUCAAGAUGCUUGGAUAUUCAGAAGAAGCUACGGAAAACCAGCUUAUUCUUGUUUCAUCCAAGAGCACCCUUGACGGAUAUGGAACAGCUCUAGUGCAAUGUACAUUGGAAACUAAGCCUCUUGAAUUGAAAGCAGACUAUGCAGUAUCCCUGAAGGUGGAGCCCGUUCAGGCUGUCUAUGAUGCGCACACCAUUGAUAAAAUAAUAGCAUUCUUCUACAUGCCUGAAAACUCAAAAUUUCAAGAGCUUGGGGAGGCAGCAGCCAGCAAGCUUCAGGACCUGAGACGGUGGACCCGCGCGGGUUUGGAGUACGCGAUAACUCAGCACGAGGUUACAUACCUUGAUUUAGAUGUGAGGUCGCCAUUCGUGGUAAUUCCUGAAUAUGGAACUCUGCAAAGGGAUGGAAGUGUUCUUGCUGUUGACUUGGGACAUCUGAAGGUGGUCAGUAACUUGGCAUCUCGGGACACAAGUGUCAGAACAGCGACUGAACAUGAAUUAGAGGAGAUGUUCUAUGACAAGUUUGAGAUGACUUUGGGUGAUGUUCAAGUUAUGAUUUUUAAUAAGGAUGUGAAGUGGGAAUCAAUGCAAAGUGUCUCAAGUUCACCUCAUCACAUUUUGCCCUCCACUGCUCUUAAAAUGAAGUUACAGAAAAGCAUUACGACUGAUAAUCUACAACUUCCAGAGUUUAAAGUAUCAUCGGUCCUUCCAUCGUUGCAUUUAAAGUUAUCAGAUGAAAAAUACAAGAUGCUGAUGAAGUUCUUAGAUCACUUACCGUUUGGAGUGCAGCAACCUGUGUUACUGGAAGAAAAGCGCGCUGAUGUCAAAUCGAAGACGGAAUGGAGACACAGCUCGUCAACUCUUUCUUUAGAGGAAGCGAGCGAUCUCGAAGCUUUGUUUAAAGACGCCAUGGUUACUCGAUUGGAUAGUAGUGAAGAUGAAGACGUUCAGUGGCAUGACGCACAAGAGUACCUUCCAGAAGAAAGUCCUGAGGAUGGCCACAUUCAUCCCGUUGAAGCGCAUGAAGUCGACAAGAUCAAAUUAGCAGGAGAUUUCACCAUUGAGAAGCUUCUUAUCACUGUGGACAAAGCAGAUGAACAAAAAGCUGUUGGUAAUCCAUAUUUAUCUCUGGAAAUACGGGAUGUUGGCACCGAUUUGGUCGUUCAUUCGUGGGACAUUCAUGCCAAAGUUAAAAUUGGGUUUAUGCAGCUCCUUGAUAACCACUGGAAAGACGUUGAUGGUAGCAACCUUUGCGUGUUGAAUUCGUCAGCCACAGAUGACUGGAUUACCGUCAGUUACGUCAAGGCUGAUCCAUCAGGCCCAGAGUUCAAAGAAAAGUUUCAGUCAAUUGAGCAAUUGAUUGAAAUGAGGUUCAGCUCGUUAAAAAUGACAGCCAAACAGGAAGCUAUUGCAAGUUUCCAAAUACUUGUCCUGAGUCUGUUUCAAAGCGAACCUGAGUGGCCAACUAUUCCUCAGCGGUUUCUGGAGACAAUCAUGGAGGAAGAUCACCCUGAUGGCUCGGUUGGCAGAGAACUUGUGAAAGGUGUAGAUGAAGAAAAGAAGGCUCAAAGUGAUACUGAUGUUGUCAACUUUAAGAUUGUGGCAAAAAUAGAAGAAGUUACUGUAAUUCUCAGUUCAAUGGAUCGCCAUGUUGGAAAGAUGGAUGUUACAGGUCUUGAUGUCAGCGUAGAUGUAGUUCCCGCUGAGGUGAACAUAACAACCAAGUUGAAAGACUUGGAUAUUAAAGAUCUUACAGACGGAACGUUGUAUCCUCAGAUUUUAGACUUGGCGGAUAACACAGUUUUUGACUGCAAGGUAACCAUAUUCAACAAGUCCUUACAAGGAGCCAUUGCCGACCAGGAUCCGACAGCUCUCGAUUUCUCAGUCAACGUAAAACUUGGAAAACUCCGAUUUGUAUUCCUUGGCUAUUUUGUAGCUCAUCUUCAGAAUUUUCUUCAAGCAAUUGCAAGUCCAGAAACAGUUGCAUAUGCUCAGGAAGUAACCCAGAAAGCAGUUCUGAACCAGGUUCAGCAAAUCCAAAAACAGGGAGCUAAGAUUGGAUUGAACAUUUUUGUAAAUGCACCACAAAUCAUCAUCCCUUGCAAUUCAAGGUCGAGCGAAAAACUCGUUGCAGACCUCGGACAAUUGAAUGUUAGUAAUUCUAUAAUCAACUCAUCUCAAUAUGGACUUCUUGAUCGCAUGGAUGUACGAUUCAGUUCAUUUCAAGCCUCAGGCUAUUCUCAAGUGGAAAAACAUCUCAGUGAGUAUUUGAUUGAACCAGUCGAGUUGAAAGUCAUUGUAAAGAGAAGACUGGGGCUGGAUAAGAGCGAUCUCCCUUUGAUUGAAAUAGAGGGGAGUUUGGAGCUGUUUAAGAUGAACCUGGGAGUGAAUGAUUUUCAGAUGUUGAUGAUGGUUUUGAACGAUAAUUUGUUGGAAGGCCAGAACGAACGUACACCUGCAUCUAAAACUGAAGACAUGAAGAAAGAGGAGGAACAGAAGGACGAUCCUCCAGACAACACUGAUGCCAAGUCUAUGGAUGAAGUAACAAAUAUUAAAUGUCUCUUCAAGCUGAAUAAGUUUCAAGUUAGUUCGCCCAAAGUUGUUGAUGGUGUCUGUAAGCCAUAUUUGGUUCUUGAAACAACCAACUUGAGUGCCACUGUCACCAUGGAAACAUGGAUCCUCAAUGCAUCUGCAAAGCUUGGAGCUAUUGAGCUCGUCGAUCAUUUGAACAAAGGUGCGGAUGGUUCGCCAGUAAAAUUUUUGUCUUCCUCUCAGGAUACAGAUCUUAUUUCUGUUUCAUACAAAAGGGUUGAUCCCAGAUGUCCAGAAUUUAAAUCGACAUUCCGCACCGUAGAGCAGCAAAUAAACGUCAGUUUUUCAACGCUGAAAAUAGAUUGUCUUCAAAAAGCUCUGAUGGAUUUGCAAAUGCAUGGCCUUGCUCUUCUGUCGAGUUUAGGAGAGUCAUCAAGCGCUCAGAAGCCAGACAGUGCGAUUAAUACUGAUUCAGAGCAGAAAGUACAAAGUGUCGUGAGCCUGAAGUUGAACGCCGAACUGUCAGAAGUUGAUGUUCUUGUCAGGAUCUCCCAUAAAAAUCUGGCGAGAGUCAAGGUUCAAGGUUUAACUGCAGAAUUUCUUUUGUGGGAUGACGGAAUUGUUUUAAAGUCCAGGCAGAAUGAUCUCUCUGUGGUCGACCUGAAUAGCCAAACCUAUUAUCCCAAGAUUAUCUCUGUGGAGAAUGAAAAUGUCUUUGACUUUGAGGUAUGA